GCCGAUCCAGAACCCAGGAUUUUGUGACACCAAAUACAACCGUACCGGGCGCAAGAUAGCAAUCCAACCGAGUUGGUUAACAGUUAUAUAUUCUUCCCUCCAUUUUUUUUUUAAAAACCUAACUUCCAAAAAUCCAGCUCAAGAUUCAAGAACCUUCGAUUCUCAUUUUCUGCUUUCUCCCUCCUCUGCUAUUCAUCCAUACCUUUACCUUACUACCAUUUUCAUCUCCAGAUUCGUCUCCCUUUCCAUUAGUUUCUGUAUUUGCAAUAAGCAAUCCAAAAUCCAUUUGGGUUGAAUUGAAAUGGAGGCUCCUCUUACAGACAACUACGAAGUUUUUCCUUUUUUCGCAUUCCCUACUGGGCAGCCAUUCUACAGCUGCAACCCAUGCGGUUUGCCUAUCGUUUCGGCGGAGGAGGUUUCUCGCGGGACAAUUCCUGGAGCAACCGUAUACUAUGUCCAAAAUAUCGAGAACGUGACAAUCAGAACUCAGGCUAUCGCCGUCAACCAGUCAACAGAGAAGAGAGAGAAAAUCUUCUGCAAAUUCUGCAGCGAUUUCAAGGGAUGGAAAUGUGAUCAGAUGAACACACUGGAUCAAGGUCAGCAGUCAAUGGAUGAAGGUGAGCAGUCAAUACCCAGCCACCGGUACCAGCUCAUCAGGGAAUGUCUGGAGUUUAAAGGCAACAAACCUCCAUUACAGAUGAGUGCUGGUUCGGGCAACAGCUACAGCUAAACUUUGAACACAAAAUGACCUGGAUUGGACAGCCAUACUC